CCGCAGACCCAGGCACCGAGCAGCCAGGCGGCCAUGGAACUGCGCGGGCUGGGGCUUCCGAGGCUGCCCGGGCUGCUGGCGGCGCUGGCGGCGCUGGCGCUGCUGUCGGAGCAGGUCCCCUGCACCUUGGCCUCGUGGAGACCGACCCUGUGGCCCCAGCCGCUCUCGGUGCAGCUGACCUCGCGCCUGCUGCAGCUGUCCCCCGACGACUUCUACAUCACCCACGACCCCUCCUCCAAGGCCAGCUCCUCCUGCACCAUCCUGCAGGAAGCCUUUCGGCGAUAUCAUAACUACAUUUUUGGAACCCACAAGUGGCAGCGUCCCUCUACUAGAUUUCAUGAUAAAGUGGACGUGGAGAAACUUCUCGUCUCAAUUGUCCUUGACUCAGAAUGUGAAAGCUUCCCCAAUAUCUCUUCAGAUGAGUCCUAUACUUUACUUGUGAAAGGACCAGUGGCUUUGCUCAAGGCCAACAGAGUCUGGGGAGCAUUACGAGGUUUAGAGACCUUUAGCCAAUUAAUUUACCAAGAUGCUUAUGGGGCUUUCACCAUGAAUGAAUCCACCAUUACUGAUUCUCCAAGGUUUCCUCAUAGAGGAAUUUUAAUUGAUACAGCCAGACACUAUCUGCCAGUUAAGAGUAUUCUUAAAACUCUGGACGCCAUGGCUUUUAAUAAGUUCAAUGUACUCCACUGGCACAUAGUUGAUGACCAGUCUUUCCCCUAUCAGAGCAUCACUUUUCCAGAGUUAAGCAAUAAAGGAAGCUAUUCUUUGUCUCAUGUUUAUACACCAAAUGAAGUCCGUACGGUGAUUGAAUAUGCCCGAUUAUGGGGCAUUCGUGUCAUACCAGAAUUUGAUACUCCCGGACAUACACAGUCUUGGGGAAAAGGUCAGAAAAAUCUCCUGACUCCAUGUUACAAUCUACAUGAACCUGGGGCUUUUGGACCUAUAAACCCGUCUUUGAAUACAACUUACAGCUUCCUAUCUACAUUUUUCAAAGAAAUUAGUUCGGUAUUUCCAGAUCUGUUCAUUCAUUUGGGAGGAGAUGAAGUGGAAUUCAAAUGUUGGGAGUCCAAUGCAGAAAUCCUGAAUUUCAUGAAGCAGAAAGGCUUCGGCAAAAAUUUCAGAGAACUAGAAUCUUUUUAUAUGCAGAAGCUUUUGGAUAUUAUUUCAGCUGUAAAGAAACGACCCAUAGUCUGGCAAGAGGUUUUUGAUAAUGAUGUGAAGCCUCAGCAAGGUUUUGUAGUUCAAGUAUGGAAAGCGGAAAAUUAUCGUCAAGAAGUCAGUAGAGUCACAGCAGCUGGCUUCCCUGUGAUCAUUUCUGCUCCGUGGUACUUAGAUUAUAUCAGUUAUGGACAAGACUGGAUGAAAUAUUAUGAAGAGGAACCUCUUGAUUUUCGUGGUUCUCAGGAACAGAAACAACUUGUCAUUGGUGGAGAAGCUUGUCUCUGGGGAGAAUAUGUGGAUGCAACUAACCUCACUCCAAGACUAUGGCCUCGGGCCAGCGCCAUUGGUGAAAGACUCUGGAGUCGGAAAGAUAUCAAAAAUGUAGAUGAUGCCUACAGAAGACUAGCAGCUCACCGCUGCAGAAUGGUUGGACGCGGAAUAGCUGCAGAACCUCUUUUUACUGGAUAUUGUAACUAUGGGUUGAGCUGAGCUGAAACUAGGAGCGGGAAGAGCCCAGAGAAAUCUACUACAAUCAACUUGAUUCUGAAAUCAUGUAAAUUAAGAUUUGGUGUGUUAUUUUUUAAUAAAAUGUCUGUGUCUUGAUUGAA